GUACUUGCUGUGAAGUGAGGCACGCGCUGAUGAUGAGCUGCAGCUGGGCACUAACGCAGCAAGUGAAGCAGCUGAGGUUUGGAUUUUGUCUCUUGAGUCCAAAUGGGGAAGGCAAACUACUUCCAACAAACCUUACUCUUCUUCAUCAUCAUUACAGUUGUUCUAAUAUUCAUCUUUAAUCUGGAAACUCCUAGUAAAGACAAGUCAAUUCCAACACCGCGUGGACCUCCACCUGUUUGUCCAUCAGUCAUCUCUGAUCAGGCCAUCACUCCUCUGCUGAACACCAAACAUUUCCUGGUCUCGGCCUUCAUGGACCAGAGAGUGAAGGGAUUCGACAUACGCAUCAUCGGCAUGUUUCAUAGAGACUCCAUCCAGAAGCUCCACUGCCUGUUCUGCUGUGUUGGACAUUUAGGUGAAACUACUCCCACAACAGUCUUAGUCCACUCAGAUCACUUUGGUUUUCCCUUUGCUGCUACAGACAUCAUGUGUCAGAUUCCUCAAAACUGCACUGCUACACAUGUCACUCUUCUGACUCAGCCCAAUGCAGAGAACAUUUCUAAUCUCACUUGGAUUCCUAUAAGAAACAGGAAAAAAAUUAAAGAUGAGGAAAAGAUGAACUUUACUGUCUGCAUUUCCAGCCUGUUUGGAGACUACAACAAUGUGCUUCAGUUUGCACAGACCCUGGAGAUGUACAGGUUGCUCGGAAUAAACAGAGUGGUGGUCUACAACACCAGCUGUGGUCCUGAUCUUGACCGUCUCCUGCAGAGCUACGCCCAAGAAGGAUUUGUGGAAAUAGUUCUUUGGCCCAUCGAAAAGCACAUGAAUCCAUCCAAAGGCUGGCUGUUCUCACAACAUGGAGGAGAUAUAMACUACUAUGGGCAGAACACCAAGCUUAACGAGUGUCUUUACAGAGCCAUGGAGAAUUCUCGUUACGUCCUUUUGCACGACAUCGAUCAGAUCGUCAUGCCGUAUCAACACAAUGACCUGAUGUCUCUGAUGGACACACUGCAACAGCAACAUCCAAAUGUUGGUGUGUUCCGCAUUGAAAGCCACAGUUUUUCCAAGAUGCGCUUUGAGCCAAGUGGGAGGUUUCACCUGCCUCAGUGGAGCAGAGUGCCAGGGGUUAAUAUUCUGGAGCACACUUGGAGGGAAGAGCCUAGCGAAAAAUACCAUCCAUACAAGAUGGUAAUUCAACCAAGGAUGGUGGAGCAGACUUCAGUGCAUGAAGUGAUUAAGCAUUUCGGAGAAGAGUACAAAGUUCCUCCACAGGUCUGCCGGAUCAUUCACAUUUGCUCGGGUGGGACCAUACCAUUGGAGCUCCUUCAUGAGGACAAACGACUGUGGGCCUUCCAUGAAAAACUGAUUCCUAACGUGGACCGGGUGCUGAAGAGAGUGGAGAUGUUGUCGUCCAAAAACUGAAGAUGAAGCUCAGGUGUUUCUGGAGCUGAUUGGAGAUGGAAGGCAGCUGGCCAGAGUCUCCAGUGGAGUUUACUUGAGAGCUGCCUUCACCAGGAGGGAGGCCUCCCCAUUCUUUCUCUUUAGGGUUUUUUCUUUUGCUUUAGUUAAUAAUAAAUUAUUUUAAGUUACA